AUGGAGCGUAAAUGCUCUAGAUGCCACCAGUUGAAGCCGGUGGAUGAGUUCCAUAGGCGCGACAGGCCUACUGCAUCUGUUUUCCUAAUGUGCGUGACGUGCAGAGAUAUCAACAACAGGCCUCGGAAACGCAAACGUGACUCUACCGAUGCUUUGCUCACUCCUGAAAAGCCACGAGAGUCUCCCGCUAAGGGUGUCUCGCAGCCCCAGCCAUCUACUUCUUCAGUCAGAUCUGCAUCUCAAGGCGCAAUAACCUCUCAGGCCUCGCUCACACACCAAGAGCCGGCUUUCACGUCCCUUCAGCCCCAAGAUGUCACUCUAUCAGCUCCCGCUCAGGUGAUCGUAUCCCCUCCCGAUUCGGCUCAGUCUACAAACCGACGGUGUUGGGUUUGUCACCGACGACUAUCGCUCGAGCAUUUCCGCUAUCGCCUCAAUCCUUCUCGGCUCUCCUACAAAUGUCAAGACUGUCGAGAACACACGUCGCAUUUGGCACGCGCGCGGGUCCAGAGGAAAAAAGCCGAAGAGAAGCAACAGGAGAGCCUCUAG